AUGUCAACAGAGAUCCCAAAGGAAUAUUUAGAUCUUCACGAGAAGCGCCUUCAUGAAAUGCUUGAAGUUAUCGAGAAGGCACAAUGGAAGCUCUCAAAGGAGGAACCAACAAUCAAAUUCUAUACAAGCUCAUACCCAGGAAGUUCCUUCUCCAUGGUUAAGUCCGUUGUUUAUGUUAAUGGCAAAGCGGAUGAAGCAAUUAAGAUCCUUGAUCAGGUUCCAACAAUUGACGCUAACACACCAAAGGAACUUGCUGAUGGCGCCAAGGAAAGAUAUCUUUUCGGAGGUGUUGAGGGUGGUGCCCGCUAUCUUUACAUGUCUCUUGACUCCGGAUCUCGUUUUGUUUCUGAUCGUGAAUUUUUGCUUCUCCGCAAGCGUUACGAUCUUGAAGAUAAGAAGGUAUGGCUUUGUGUUUCAAUUGAUAACACAGAACUCAAGCCAGUUGCUAAGGGUAACGUUCGUGGAAACAUGACUUUCCAGGCUUACAUCCUUGAUAAGGAUCCAGCUAAUGGAGAAGAUCGUCUUACAUUCGUUGUCCAUGCUGACCCAUGCGGAUCAAUUCCAGCAGUUUUAUACAACUCAGUUGCUGUAAACCAAGGAAAUGGCGCAAAAAGAAUUCGCGAUGAUAUCUUUAAACAGUAA